GGGGGGAAAGGUGGAGCACACAGGAAGAACGGUUACAUCGGGAAGGACGCGGGCGACAGGAUGGGGAAGGCCCUGGCUGCAUGGGCCUGGGAAUACUUUUGCACGCCGUGGGGCACCGCGGAGGGAGGUCUUUCCUCGAUCGGCGACGGGGGCAAAGGUGCUGAGCUGCUGCUGCCGCCGUCACGACCACCGUCGCAGCUGCGAGAACCCGAGGGUAGCAGUGGCGGCAAUGCCUGUGGAGGGGCGGGGUCGGGUGGGGCGGGGGCUCCGGCGGUGGAAGUGUUCGCGGUGGGAGGGGGCGCGGCGGGGCCGGUAGUCGGCAGGCAGCGUGCCUGUUGGUGUUCGAUCCCUCGCACGCUGGAGGGCCAAUCCGCGAUGCGCUUGAUGACACGCAGAAGGGGCGGUGGGGAAGGUUUUUUAAGCGGGGAGAGCACGCGUUGCACAGGCGACAGUUUCAGAUGGUAGCCGUUCGGCCGGGUUUGGUGGAGGAGGGACAGGCGGAUGCAUGGAAGAGAAUCAUUUCGGAGAAAAUUGUAGUAGAUUGAUGAGUCACGUCUCUCGCCUGUGUAAAUCAUAUAUAUGUGGUACCAGUAGGUGAAUCGUGGUUGUUGGCAUGUGUAUUGCUUGCUUGGUAGACAUGAUAUUUUAGGAAAGAAACGGCGUUUUGAUUGAUUGAGUUGGGGUUGGUUAUCAAAACCGUUUUUCGUUUUUCACGAAGAUAAAGAGACGCGAAAGUUGUCCUACUGCCUGCCAGUGUUUUUCAAGUAUUGUAGCCGGCCAUGUGUGUGUUUUUAUUAAUAGCAUCGACCGCGCAAACCGACUGAACAAUGAAAAGACGUCAGUCUCAGUGCGGUUGAAAACACAAAACACUUCUAUCUGCCAUGAACUGGAACCCCGUGAGGGGGCAGCAUGGGGGAGGCUACACUAUCCUUCGGAUCACAGACAGAAACAGCAGCAACAGAAGAAAACUGCACGCGUCUACCAAGGCUAUUUCCUUGUACUCGAGUUCUAUUAGGAGUACUUUCAAUAUUAUCCUCCUUGUUUUCGCUACCAUCAUUCUGAUCCUCAUUUUGACAAGAAUCUCUGGGCAGUUCUUCCCUAGUCCUACGUUUUUUCUUUUGGGGAAGGUCAUCUGGCUCAAACCGUUUACUCUCUUCCACUCCUCCAUAUUUUCCUCCUCUAUCGUCGUCUUCGUUCUCUUUUCUUCCCCCUUUCCUUCGUCUCCGUCACUCCCAAAAUAAUUACCCUCAUUACUAUCGUUGUCGCAGAGAUCCCAACCGAUUGGCCCUGACCAUGUGUGUGUGUUGUUUCUUGGUGAAUGUUGUUAAUCUUACAAUUACUUGGAGAUGGCAGGAUUAUUUGGUGAAGAGACCAAUUGACGUUGGCGCAGGGUUACUUGGUGAAGUGAAGACUAGAGGGUUGGCUGCGCGUUCUCAAUUCUCAUGUCUGUGCUUUUGGGUUGGAGUGAGCAUUGCGGCGGAGAUAGACUGGGACCGGGAGAGAGACGGAGGGACAAAACGGAGAGAAGGAUGCAUACAUGAAAGAGAGCUUCGCGAGAGAGACAACCGGUGCAACUACGAUCCGCUGUACCCUGACGUACAACAAGUUUCAGUCUCAAGAACAAUUACCUGAAUACCUAUCCCAUGGAGAGAGACAAGCGACCGUCGUCUUAAAAAAAAACUGUCAACCCCAACCGACCCGAUCCUGAAACAAGCUGAUAUCUGAGCCACAAAAAAGGCGGCGAGAUACACAUCCGCCCCGAAAAAGGCGGCGAAAUAGCGCAAACAAAAAAAUAAAAAAAAAAAAAAAUCUAGACGAUGAGACGAUUAGGCUUGUGCUCCGUAGGCCUUGCCUACAACGCCUAAUUUUGAGAGCUUGCACCUAAAAACACAGCUUAUCUUAAUCCCCUAAAAGCCGGCCGCUGCGCCUUAUCUCGGGGCGCCUUCGUCUAUUCUCGGGGCGCCUGGGCCUAACCUGGGGUGUUUGCGCCUAUUCUUGGCCUCUUUUUGGGCAUCCCCCUACAAAGUAGCGAUUUCAACUCCAGAGUAGGG